UACCCCAGAGAGAGCGAUCGCGAGCAGAAGAACCGGAAACGGUGCUUGCGUCGAAUCGCUCUGAAGACUGCAACUGAGCAGAUCCAGACGGAAUACAGUGACAAGAUGACGACAGCUGAUAUGAAUCAGCGCAAGAAGGAUAUCGUUCGCCGCAUGGAUCGUUUCAGUCGAGAGCUCAUUGAUCGAGCUCGUGGGUCCCUGGCGACAGAAGGACAAGGAACCACUGCACCAUCUAAUGAGGAUGAAGGGGCUGACCCUGACAUUGACAUGGCCGAAGAAGAGGAGAAUGUACCGAAACCCGACGCCGAAGAGCUCUUUGCUACCGAUGGGACGACAAACCUCGUGGAGCAAAACGACCAAGACGUUGACCAUGGCGAGCAAGCCUCUGAGGUCCCGUACCACGAAAUCGUCAGACAUGCACUGGAGAUACUCCUCGAGGACGAGAAGCCCAAACUCCCAGACCAGGUAUUCCCCGACUGCGUCGCGGACGAGACCAUUGGCGAGCAACAGAAAGCAAGGCUGUGGCAGUGCGAGGACCUACAAGAACUGGAGGAAUCCAUUCCGGUUCCAGGUCACCCCAACAUCCUCCUCGGCGGUCCGUCAACUAUUCCAGAGCUACAGGAACACAUCGUCAAGACGGGCAUAGGACACUUGAUGCGUGUAGAAGACAUCCCUCCACGAAUGCCGAUUUCAAGGGGCGGAAUCAAGUAUGGCAAGUGGCCAACAACGGUUGAGGAUAUCAUGAACUUUUCAUGGCGACGAUUCUUAUUGGAGAACCAUAGAGACAAAGUUGUUUUCGUCCCGAUUCCCGGCACAGACGGAAACAUGCCAACCGACAAACUAGGCGUUAACGCCAUGUUGAGAAAAUCGGUCCAGGACAACUCCUGAUUCAAACAUGAGACGUGGCAAAAGUCUCAAGGUUUUCUGAACG